CAUUACGGCAGGGCAAGAUGGCCGACGCGGCGGCCACUGCCGGGGCUGCGGGCUCCGGAACGAGAUCAGGAAGUAAACAGUCCACUAACCCUGCUGAUAACUACCAUCUGGCCCGGAGGCGAACCCUGCAAGUGGUUGUGAGCUCCCUGCUGACAGAGGCAGGGUUUGAGAGUGCUGAGAAAGCAUCUGUGGAAACACUGACAGAGAUGCUGCAGAGCUACAUUUCAGAAAUCGGAAGGAGUGCCAAGUCUUACUGUGAGCACACAGCCAGGACCCAGCCCACACUGUCAGAUAUUGUGGUCACCCUUGUCGAGAUGGGUUUCAAUGUGGACACUCUCCCUGCAUAUGCAAAACGGUCUCAGAGGAUGGUCAUCACCGCCCCUCCGGUGACCAAUCAGCCAGUGACCCCCAAGGCCCUCACUGCAGGACAGAACCGACCCCACCCGCCACACAUCCCCAGCCAUUUCCCUGAGUUUCCCGACCCCCACACCUACAUCAAAACUCCGACGUACCGCGAGCCCGUGUCAGACUACCAGGUCCUGCGGGAGAAGGCCGCGUCCCAGAGACGCGACGUGGAGCGGGCGCUCACCCGUUUCAUGGCCAAGACAGGCGAGACCCAGAGUCUUUUCAAAGAUGACGUCAGCACGUUUCCACUGAUCGCUGCCAGGCCUUUCACCAUCCCCUACCUGACGGCUCUUCUUCCGUCCGAGCUGGAGAUGCAGCAGAUGGAGGAGACGGAUUCCUCGGAGCAGGACGAGCAGACGGACACAGAGAACCUCCCUCUUCACAUCAGCCCGGAUGAUUCUGGAGCCGAGAAGGAGAACACCUCUGUUCUGCAGCAGAACCCCUCCUUGUCAGGGAGCCGAAACGGGGAGGAGAGUAUCAUCGAUAACCCCUAUCUGCGGCCCGUGAAGAAACCCAAGAUCCGCAGGAAGAAGUCCCUCUCCUGAGCCGAGAAGGAAGCCUGCCUUGUACAGAAAUGUGGAUGCCACCCUCCUUGGCGAGUUAAAGCCUCUCGAGGGAAGAGGAAGGUGGUCGUCUUGGGGUCGAGCUGAGGCUGUGGGGUGUGAAUCAGGCAUGAUUUUAAUAGCCAACUCUGUAUUACGAUUACCUAUUUUCACUGGAUUUUGAGGUUGAUGAAGAAAUGAAAUGAUGAGACUUUUAAUCAGCUGGCCAUACCGUGGGGUACAGGAAUGGUGAAUUCAUUUAUAAUCAUGGAACUUGAUUCUUUGAAACCUGGGAGACCAGAGAAGGUGGCAGAGAGAGAGGGCUCUCUGCCUGCUGUGCUUAUUGCCAGAAAGACAGUGUGCUUAAAGUGUUUCAGGAUAUCUGGAUCCUUUCAUUGGCUGACGAUUUGUGGCACCAGUUUACCAUCCUAGAAACUCCUUAUUUCUCUGCUCACCUGGGCUGCAAGCACCCUGUUGAUUUGGUUGAAGGUGACUUGCUCUUCUUCAACAUGUUGGAAGCAGGAGACUCACCCAUUGCAGCCUCAUUGUGGGGCCGGCAGGAGUCAGGAGGCGUGAGCAGAUGCCUUCAUGGGGAGGAGAAUGGAAGACAUCACUGACUCUCAUCAGCAUCUGAUGAAAUCUCCCUGAGGCAGGGCAGUGCCCUCUCCUGAGAGAUUUAUCAUUUACUGUCCCAUCAUGGAGCAUGUGCUUGGGAACGAACAAGUUCUGCACCAUCCUGGGAAAAGAGGUUUUUCUUUGGCAAGAGCCUACAUCAGUGGAUGUAUUAUGCUAUGAUUUGAUAGCAGAAUCAUUGAUUUUUAUACAAUAGGAAAAGGAUCGAUGGGACUGGGAGGUGGCGGGGAUGAGAUUUUGAAGGCCAGGCUUGGCCGUAUGGUCCAGAGGCUGAGAAACCUCGCGGGUCUGCUGGAGGCUGGCACGGAUUGAAGGCCAUGUUCCCACCUAUGGCAGAAGUGGGCCAAGAAGAACCUGCACGUCUGAAUCUACCCAGGCUCUUUGCCUCUUCAUCCUUGAUGUGCCUACAAACCAAGAAAGGAAGAUGCUGGGCAAGCUGAUACCUUUUUGACUGGUCUCCAUAGGAAGAGGUUUUCAAACUAAGAGGAAGAGAAUGCCAGUGAAACCUGGAAGUUAAUACACGGAAAACACGAGACCCUGGGUAAAGUCCUUAGUCCAUCCUGAGCUCUCCUGAUACUCAGCCUCCACAGUCAUCUCUUAGUCCUCCAUCCUCUUGGUCGAAUUUGAAAACUCAAAAAACCUGGUGACAGCAGGCAGCAGGCUCCAUGUGCUGGCCUCGCUGUUCUCUAAACACUUCAUCCCACUGGCUGGAAGGAAAGUGCUGCUAUCAGUAACUGAACAAGGGAAGCGGAAUGAGAAAAUCGGAUUCCCCAGCUCUGGACCAAAUAAGAGUUUCCCCCAUCUGUAGUGAUCUGAAACCCUUCCAGUUAUAGUUGUCAGAUCGGGCCUGUGCUGACCCCUUCCAAGCUUGUUAUUUGGCUCUUUGUUAAGUUUAAAUACAGUCCCAGGGUUGAGCCAUGGCAGGUACAGGGCUAAAAUUCUACUUCCUGGAGUGGUCAUCGUAGCAGUUUCUCCUGAUACUUCCCAGACGAGCACCUGUUGAUGCUGUAAUGCUGAGGGAUGAGGUGAACUUUGGAAAAGAAUUGCCCUUCUGCUGUUGAGACUUCAGAGGCCAAGCUGCUCUAAUUCUGCCCUGAACGAGACACUGGGAGAUGCUCAGACAACCUGAAACAUUGACCCAACUCUUACUGUGUAAAAACUGCAUGAUCCUCACUGUAUAUUUAUAAAUGUUUAUUUUUUAUAACUUAGGGAGAAUGUGUGGAAGGAAAAGGUAGUCAAUGACAUUGGAUUAAGCAUGUGAUUUAUGAGCUCUCAAUCAAAGGUCAUAAUAAGCUUUGUGAAUGAAACAAUUACAAGCAUUGAACUCAAAUUUGUGUGCAAAAGUUACAGCAUCGAGUAAGACUGUGUAAGUUAGGCUUAGUACUUCUAAGCUGUUUAAAACUUUUUAUUUGGGAAGUCUGCAAACACAAAACUAGUGUUUUCCCUGUGUAUUCACCCAGCUUCAACAUUUAGCAACAUCUUUUCAAUUCUGUUUCAUCUAUGUAUUCUACUGUUUUAUUUUUUUAAUUCCUAGAAUAUAUUUUAAAACAAACCUAAGAGCUGUAUCAUGUAAUCUGUAAAUAUGUUGUUAUGCAUCUCUGAUAGACUUUUUAAAGUUUUUUUUAAGGUAAUUACAGAUUGAGAGGAUGUUACCUCCCCCAAAAAAAAUGUUUUACAAGGGAGGUGCUACUAGUAGCAUCUCAAAUAACUAGUAUAAUGUCAAACCCAAGAAAAUGACAUUGGAAUAAUCCACAGAGCUUAUCCAGAUUUCACCUUUUUGUGUGUGUGUGUAAUUCUAUGUAAUCAUGUUGUGUAAAUUCACAGUCAAGAUGUCGAACAUCAGGAAGCAGGCAAGGAUAAACUGGGAGGUUGGAAUUGACAUACACACUUCUACAGAUAAAAAAGAUAGGACGCCCUUGGUGGUAUAGUGGAUAAGAAUCCACCUGCCAAUGCAGAGGACAUGGGUUUGGCCCCUGGUCUGGGAAGUAUCCACAGGCAGAGGAAUAGCUAAGUCCAUGUGCCAGAACAAGAGUAGCCUGAGCUCUGGAGCGUGCAAGCCACAACUGCUGAGCCCAUGUGCGGCAACUGCUGAACCCCGCGCGCCUAGAGCCUGUGCUCCGCAACGAGAAGCUCGUGCACAGCGAUGAAGACAGCCCCCUGCUCGCAGUAACUAGAGAAAUCCUGCAUGCAGCAACGGAGACCCAGUGUAACCAAAAAAAAAAAA